CUUGCUCGCUCCACCGUCCACAAAAAUCUCGCGCAGAAAGAUUCCCCGAUCCCUCACUCGAUUUGGCUUCCUCUGUUCUUCCUCGGCGCCGCCUGACGCCGACGCUGCCGCCGUCGAUCCCGGCCAUCUCCGGCGGCUGAUCGACUUCGAUUGCUAUGGACCGCCCCGAGGGGAGCGGGAGCGCGAGCGCGAGCGCGGUGGGCGACAUCCCCGAAGGGCCCCUGGUGGAGAUCCUCUCCCGCGUCCCUGGCAAGUCCGUCUGCCGGUUCGAGUGCGUGUCCAAGGCCUGGCUCGGCCUCAUUGCCGACAACCGGAAGAAGCUCCGGCAAGCCAUGCAAGGACUCUUCUACAGGACGCUCGAGUACCCGGAGGGCUACGACAUUACCGCUUUUGAACUGUACGAUUUGGAGUAUAUUUACAGUUUCAUCGACCUGACAACGAGAUCCGUGCCUCUGGACAUCGACCCUGGCUUCUCCUUCCUGACGGAACUGCCUGAGAUCCAGUGCCUCGUCUCCCGGAAUUCCUGCAACGGGCUUAUCCUCUUCGAGAACCGCCACAAGAUAUACUCCUUACCUCAAAGCACAUUGGGCUAUAUUGUGUGCAACCCAACCACAAAGCAAUGGGUAGCUGUGCCCACUUGCGGCUCUACUGCAUCGUUUACCUACACCUAUUUGGCCUUCGAUCCGGCCGUAUCAUCUCACUUCCACUUGGUCCACUUCAAGGUGGGCUCCAACGACCGGUUGGUUUCAGUGAACAUUUACUCCUCAGAAACCGGGACCUGGAGUCGCAACCAAAUUGACGAACAAGAAGAGCUAGGACAAUCGGAAGGAUGGCGUGAUUAUCAGGUCAGACUAUGUAUGAGUGGGGGUGUUGGCACUGAGGGUUCUCGGUGCGCCUUUGUUAAUGGCUUCCUGCAUUUGGUGGUUUGGGACUCUGGUCAACCUAAGGUACUUGCUGUAGAUUUACAAGGCAAGGCACGGAGGAUGAUCACACUGCCACAGGUGGCUUAUUCACCUGGGUGUUAUCUUGGUCAAUCCCAAGGGCUCCUGCAUUACACGACUCAAGGAUUUUCAGAUGCUCAUCAGGAGAGGUACCAACUGCGUAUCUGGGUUCUUCAGGAUUAUGAUACACAAGAAUGGGUGUUGAAGGACACUCUCGAGCUCUCUGGAGAAAAUUGCAUAGGCAACAUGUGGGGCUUUUUUGUAUUUAACAUUCAUCAAGAUUGCAAUGUGGUUUUCUUUACAAAGUCGGGGCGUGAAUUAAUGUCCUACGACAUGUGCCGUAAGGAAGUGAGUGUUAUUGCCACUUUUGAAGGUCGAAAUCAUCUGACUGAUGCUUUUCAGUAUGUUCCCUAUUUCUCAAAAUUGCCAGCCCUCACAAAUAACCACUGAAAGUGCAAGCAAAGUAUGGAGCAGCUAGCAGUUAAACCUUGUAGGCUUAGGAAAUAUGUGACCUCUUCACUCUUGGACAUGGCUAUGGGUGUAUGACUCCAUAUGUACCCCAAUUCUCAGAGUUGUCUGCUCUUGAAAAAUAAGACUCUUGUGGGCUAUUUAUCUGGACAUUCAGCAGAAAUCAGAUCUUCGAUGUGGUUGCUGUUCAUCAAGAUUGCAAUGAGGUUUUCUUUGUUCAGAUCUCAAACAGUAAACUGAUAAGUGAUAACAUAUGACAUGGACCGUAAGGAUGGUGUUUUUGCCACUUAUGAAGAUCAAGAUUUGUAUCAUUUUGUUGCUCUUGCAUUCCCUAUGUCUCAGUCACCGGCGCUCACAAAUCAUUACUGAAAGUGUGUGCUCCAAGUAUGGAACAACUAGCAACUUGGUUAAGCCUAGUAAAUUUAGGUGAUAUGCUGUCUGUGCUUGGAUUUAUUUCGUUUCAUGCUUUUGUAUAAUUACUACUGCAUGACUGCAUCCCAUUUGAGAUGUUCCUGUUAUGUAUCGCUACCGAUGCGUUGUAUUAAUGAAUGAAGUUGCCCAAGCUGCACAAUUUUUGAUUUUGUUGUUUAAAUUAUAUCCUUCAAAUCUCCCA